UCUAAAUUUUGACCCGGAAUGGCGACAGAGGGGGAUAUACUUGUGUCCAAAGAAGAGCUCCAUGAUUUUGUAGUGCGAUGCAUCACAGCAGCUGGAGCGGAUCCAAACCAUGCAGCUGACUUGGCGGAUCUUCUUGUCACAGCUGAUUAUCGAGGUCAUUACAGUCAUGGCAUGAACAGACUCGAUAUGUAUUCAAGUGAACUAAAAUCAGGAAUAUGCAGAGGAGGCGGGGCUUCCCCGGAAAUCGUCAAACAGACAGUCGCUACUGCCCUGGUGGACGGGAAUAAUUUGUUGGGUCCAGUCGUCGGAAAAUUCGCUGUGGAUCUGGCGAUCAAAAAGGCUAAAGAGGCAGGGAUUGGAAUGGUCACGGUUCGAGGCUCAAACCACUUUGGGAUAGCCGGAUGGUAUUCUUUAAGAGCUCUGGAACAUGGUCUUAUAGGAAUGUCUUUUACUAAUACAUCGCCAGUGCUGAACCCAACAAGAUCAAAAGAGCAAGUUCUGGGUACAAAUCCUAUUAGUAUGGCAGCCCCGGCAAAAGAUGGCGACAGCUUCGUGUUGGAUAUGGCCACCUCAAGUGUAGCGCUUGGAAAGAUCGAGAUUCAAGACAGAAAGAACCUUCCUCUACCACCAGGCUGGGCGGUAGAUGCUGACGGAAAUGAAACAUACGAUCCAAAGAAAAUCAAAGGACUGUUACCUCUGGGAGGAAAGGAAGAAAGCAGUGGCUAUAAGGGAUAUGGGUUGUCUAUGAUGGUAGAAGUCCUGACAGGAAUACUUAGUGGAGGGGCCUUUGGUCCACACAUACGUCAGUGGAAGGGAGCAACCAGAGUCGCCAAUCUGGGACAGUGUUUUAUUGUUCUGGAUCCUAAAGCGUUUACAGAUGACUUUGAGGACCGAAUGAGUGAACUAAAUAAUAUCUGCAGGCAGUUAGAAUCGGUGGACGGUCCCGACAAACCUGUGUUAGUCCCUGGAGACCCUGAGAAGGAACACAUGAAACUGUGUGACAAACUAGGGGGAAUUCCCUACCAUCCUAACCAGAUCACAUUCAUGAAUGACAUGGCAAAGAUGUUCAAUGUUACACCUGUGAAGACAUCUUGAGAUGAGAAAAUUUCUUUUACCUCACCUGCUUUAAAUUUUACUCAGUAUUGUUAAGUUAUUUUCAUAGUUAUUAAAAGAAAUGUAAAUACUGCAUUAUGAAUGCAUGUGUAUUUU